AUGUGGCGGUGGGAGGGCUCUCAACGAGUGGUUUUGUUGGCAUGUGGUUCGUUCAAUCCACCCACGAUCAUGCACAUGCGGAUGAUGGAAGUGGCUCGAGAUCACUUGGAGAAGCAAUUCAAUUGCAAAGUGCUCGAGGGAUUAUUGAGCCCUGUCGCUGACUCAUUCAACAAGCCGAAUCUUGCCUCCGCGCAUCAUCGUCUGGCUAUGGUCGAAGCAGCUACGUCGCACUCGGAAUGGCUCCGAGCUGAUGGUUGGGAGUGUCGACAGAAGUCAUGGUCAAGGACACUGUCCGUGUUGCAGCAUCAUCAUCAAGACGCCCGAAAUCGACUGCAAGGUGACGUUCGUCUCGCGUUGGUCGUCGGUGGCGACGUUGUUGAGUCGUUCACGCGGAUUCUCCCGAAUGGAGAGAAUCUCUGGCAUCCGAAUGAUGUCCGCGACAUCAUCACCAAAUUCGGUCUGAUCGUUAUCAGACGUGAGGGCGCCGAUCCUGUGCGAACGCUGCAAUCGAUGUCUUGUUUACAAGACAUCGUUGAUCAAGUGUUGAUUCUUGCUGAUGAUGUUUGUCCUUGUAGUAUUAGUUCAACAAAUAUUCGAGCUGCUAUAGCGGCUAAAAGAUCGAUAAUGUUCACAACUCCCUUUGCUGUCAUUGAAUACAUAAGGAAAGCUGGUCUUUAUGCUAGUAGUAAUCAUUUUAAUCAAUCUUCAAAAUGA